AAUAACACAACAGAACAACCCACUUCCUCCUGCUCCCUAAACUAUGUCAUUUAACAUAAAACUCAGAGAAAACUGUCUGGAAUAGGGAUUCAAACUCUAGUAGGUCGAGUUUUGCUGAUAAUUAUUGUGUGCUUUGUUGUACGCAAUGGGAAGCUGGAAAAAUCACGUGCGCACUCGACUCCAGCAUAGAGACCAAACAGAGAAAGUGCCCUACACUGGGGUCUACACACGGUUGUCUCAAGUUGAAGAGCGUUUUGAAAUACGCAAAGAAAUUCUGGAAGAGGUCCACUGUAAAAGUUUAGACAAAGGAGGGGUUGAAGUUGGGAGACACACCAGACUCCUUCACCUCCAGCUGAGAGAGAGUGAACAUCUGGCAGAAAAGUUGUCUCAGACUGUCUCUGACCUGACAUCUGUCCUGUAUUUGAAAGAAGCUGAACUACAGUACUGGCAGUCACGUGUCUCCCACUAUCGUCAAGAGGCUCUGAGCUUGGCAAAAGACACUCACACCCUGAAGGCGACUCUGUCAGAAUAUGAGUUCACCUUAGAGUGUCAGUCCAAAGAGUUGGCAGCUCUGCAUACAGAGCAGAAAAAACUCAAAGAAGCCCUGGCAGAGGCUUUGGAAGCGAAAGAAGGACUUCUGCAGCGAUGGAUGAAGGAGAAGAGAGAGGAGGCAGACAGGAUGAAUGAGUACAACCACACACAGGAAAGGUGGCAACGUUUGAUCACACAACUGAAGAAGCACUUGCGUAAAGAAAUAGGAAAGCAUCAGGUUUCCACGGUGACAAGUGUGACAAAAGAAACGACACCGUCAGAGGGUCAAUAACGGAGCAAAAGCCACACCAGGGAAAUUCAUACAUCAAAACUGUCUUAGAUGAACCAAAAGUCUGAUACCCACUGAAAUCCUGGACAGGCUAGUACAGCACACUGAUCACCCACAAGGAUCACCUCUGUCAACUUCCAAGUACUUGAAACACAGUUGCAUAUGUCUGAAACUGGAACAAUCCAAAGACAACAAAGGAAUUCUUGUCUAUUAGUUUUUAAUUUCCCUUUAGAGUGAGGUAAAUAUUCUUAGCUAAAUGAGUUCAUAAAUAACCAUGUUUUCUAUAUGUACUGAUUAAUUUUUGUUGUUAUUUCUUAUCUUUACACUUCAAUUUUUAACUUAAAUGUAUUUGCAAAGAAAUGUCUAAGUAUUUUAAUUAUCAUGGUUUGGUUUUACUAUGUUUAACUGUAAAAGGCUGCUCUGGAAUUGCAAGUUGUGAAAAAUAAAGGUACUA